AUGCCAUUUAAAUAUAAAUUUUUAUUAUUAUUAUUUUCUUUUUUUUUAUUUUUAAUAUUUACAAUACUUUUUUCUGAAAAUCUACUUUAUUUUUGGCGCCUUAUAGCGCCAAAUGAGUUAGAGGAAUAUUAUUUUCUAAUAAUAAUAGAAUUUGAGAGAAUAAAAAAAAAGGUAAAUAAGGAAGAUAUGCUUGAAGACAAAAGAGAUCAUUUUGAAGAUAUAUCACUUACAGGCAAAUCUGGAACUCAAAUUCCAUAUGGCUUAAAUCGUUAUGUAUUACUUAUAAUUUAUUGUCUAUUUUGUGCAUUAACAACAUCAGCAAUUCAGCAAAAUAUUUGUAUAAGACUAAUUCUAGUUAAAUUGGGUGCUUAUGAAUGGUUAUGUGAUCCAAAUUCUAUUGAAAAUUUACCUACUGGUGCAAAAUGUAGAUUACAAGAUAACCGUUUAACUACUUGUUGGACAGCAGGUAUAAUGGCUCCUAAUUUGGUUUUAUCUGUUUUAGGAUUUGGUAGAUUAUUUGAUUAUAUAGGUCCAAAAUAUACUGGAAUAACUGGCCAAGUGAUGUUUAUGUUAGGUAUACUUAUAUUCUGUAUUAGUAAUGUAAAUUUACCACUUUAUCCAUUAGGAUUUAUUUUAAUUGGAAUCCCUCAAGGUCCAAUAUUUAAUAGUGUAAUAUCAAUAGCAAAUCUUUUUCCAAAUCAUAGUAAUCAAAUAAUUUCACUAUUAAGUACUAUGGGAGAUUUAUCAGCCUCUGUUUUUUAUUGUAUUUAUUAUAUUCAUGAAUAUUCAAAAGCAAAUCUAAAAGGUAUACUUAUAUUUUAUGCAUUAUUUGUAUGUGGAUCAUUAACUUUAGUUGCAAUAUUUUUAAUUCCUAAGAUUUCUUUUGAAAGAUAUAUUGAUAAUAAUGAGAAUAUAAUGGAUAAUGAAUCUCAUAGAUUAUCUAUUGAAACAGAUAGUUCAUCAGAAUCAAACAAAUCAUCUAUUAAACCUUAUUUACAUUCUGCAUCAUUUAAAACGCAAUUAAUAUCAUCAUAUUUUUUAUUAUUAUUACCAUAUUUUACUCUUACAGUAUUCCGAUCUGAUUCAAUAAAAGCUUGUUUAGAUGCAUUUCUUUUAGAAUCAAAUCCUGAAAAUAUUAAUGAAGUUCGUUAUCAUAUGUCAAUAUUUUCAACUAUUCAAUGUUUUUCUUUUAUAUUCUCAUUGGCUAAUGGUUUUGUUAUGGAUUUUAUUGGAGUUGCAAAAGGUUUAAUUUUACAGAAUACAUUUGGAGUUAUUGUUUCACUUUUUUUUACAUUUCCAAAUGGAAGUACUCGUAUUUUAUCAUUCUUUAUUUAUUUUGCAUAUAGUAGUUGUAUAUAUGCAGCUGCAUAUUGUUAUUUGGCAAAAUGUUUUGGAUUCUCUAAUAUUAAUUUUUUAAUGGCAUUGAUUACAGGACCUGUAGGGUUCUUAUACAUUGUCAUACCUCUAAUGUAUAGCCAUUUGGAUUCAUCUAAUUAUUUCUAUUUUCAUUUAUUUUAUGUUGGAAUUUCCAUAUUAAUGUAUAUAACUCCUAUUAAUAUGUUAAUUAAUAAACCUGAGAAUUAUAAACCUAAAGUAUUAAUGACAGAUACCAAGUCAGUGUUAAUUUCAGUUAAUAGAAAUAAUGAUGAGACUGAGCAAUGUAACGUUUAG